AUGGCCUUCAUGUGCGUUCCAGUGCGCACUGCAGUCUUCCUGGGAGGACUUAGCUGCGCGGGCCUAGGCCUCUUUCUCUUGCGCUGGCCCCAGGCAGUGGAGGAGGACCGACGAGCCUUCGUUGGCGGCUACUCCGACUGGAGCCGGGCCUUGAUUGACGUCCUGGAGUUAUCAGCGAUCCUGUGGGGCUCUCUUGGAGCCAUCGGCGCCCUCUACAUGAAGGAGAACUUCCUCCGUGCCUUCUUCUACUACGAGGUGGUUCGUGUGGCUGCCUGGCUGCUGACGUACCUUCUCGAUGCCCCGCUGCUGGUGAACUGCGAGCUCGGAAGGGACGAUCCCAGCGCCUUCGUGGCCCGAUUCGGCCCGAACAAGGCGAUGCUCGGCAUCGCGGCCGACGGGAGCUGCGAUGAUGAGCGCGCUUUCUUCGGGCUGCUCUCGCCUUUGUGCCUCCUCUUCUUCCUGCAGUUCCUCUUCGCCACGCAGCGCUUGCUCGUGGACUUCGAAGACGAUCCGCGCUACCUCCUGAACAUCCCGAAGGAGGGUCCCACGGGCGCCUUCCAUUCGAGGAACAUGGCCUCGGGUUCCGACAUCGCCGAGCAGUUCGCGCAGACUGGGCUGCCUUCUGCAGGACCGCCAGCAACGGUUGCCACACCUUUGAUGGCGGCCCCGCACGGCGCCUCCAGGCCUCCGGCCCUGGCUCUCGAGAACUUCGCCUCCUCCGGGGUCUGA